AUGGCAUCACAUGAGCCCUCCGAGCAUCUCCCUCAAGCGGUACGCAUUAUACAGCUCCUCCUCCCACGCCUCCUCAUUCCAUCCCUCCUCCUCCCACCCAUCCCCACCAUCCUCUCCCUCGUCCUCCCCCUCCUCUGUCUCUUCGUCCAUCUCCCCCCCUCCCACCCAUCUCCUUCGCCGUCCCUCGCACCUCCCCCCCUGCCCCCCCCACUGUGCGCCUCAUCCCACGUGAACCCCCUCGCACUCCAUCUCUCCUCCCCCAUAUCAUACAACACCUCCUCCUCACCCCCGGCAGAUCAGUGUAACCAACCAUUUCCGCUCUACCUCCUCCCCCUGCCACUCCCCCUCCCCUUCCUCUUCCCCUUACUCUCCUUGCCCAGCCUCCACUCCCUCCUCUCCCUCCUCUCCUCCUCUUCCCCCCCCUCCCUCCUCUCCCUCUCCCCUCUCCCUCCUCCCAUCGCAUUCCCCACUUCCCUUCACCACACUCACCCCCAGACUCAGCAUCAUCCCUCCCCUCCCUCACAACCCUCCGUGGAGCUCUUUUCCUCUUCUGUCUCGAAAAACCCUCUACCCCACCCACUCCUCCCACUCCCCCGUCCCCACCACCGCCCGUCUCUCCUCCCAACUCCAUCCCCUCACCACCCACCCCCCUCCCCCUCCUCCCACCUCCCCCUCUCCCCUCCCUUCCGCUCCCUCCUCCCCCUCCUGCCCCGGCCGCCACUCCCUCCACAUUUUCCACUUCCCCUGCAUGAUCAGCCUCAUCGCCCGAUCCAUCCCCAUCUCUCUCAACCGCUCUCUCUCCUCCUCUGUGAUAUACUCAUACGCUCUCCUCUUCUUCCUCCCCAGCACGAAAUGAAUCGCCUCCGCUGCUGCUGCCGCCUCCUCCCCUUCCUCCCGCUCCCACCGCGCACAAUAAAGCUGGUCUCCCAAGCCGUACCGCUGCUUGAGUGCGGCUGA